AAACGAUAAUAAUACUAUCAUGUCUCUGUUAUUAAUGUCUUGGUAUUUUGUAUGUUUUAUUGCAGUCAUUCUGUUAUUGAUCGCUCUCCGUACGUGUAGGAAACCAAAAAACUAUCCACCAGGGCCAAAAUGGAUACCGUUUGUGGGAAAUACGUAUCAAUUAGCUAAAUUAUCGUCUAUCAAAGGCGGCCAAUAUUUAGCUUUCGAGGAGCUCCGUCAAAGAUAUAACUCUGAUAUCAUUGGGUUGAAAUUAGGACGUGAAUACGUCGUUAUUGUGUUUGGAAAUGAUCUAUUGAAUGAAACGCUUCAUAGAGAUGAAUUUCAAGGUCGGCCUGAUAAUUUUUUUAUGAGACUCCGGACAAUGGGUAAACGUAGAGGUAUAACAAUGACCGACGGAUAUCUUUGGAAAGUACACCGAUCGUUUGUGGUCAGACAUUUGAAGUUACUUGGUUUAGGACAAAGAAGAGUAGAUGAAUUGAUUUAUGAUGAAUAUCAACACAUGGUACAACGUCUAAUCGAUGCGAUGGAAAGUGUGACGCCAACCUUAUACUUACAAUCAGCUGUAAUGAAUGUUUUAUGGGAGCUGACAGCGGGCGCUAAGUUUGAAGACCCUAAGUUGUUAACGUUGAUGAGGAAACGAAGUUCAGCAUUCGAUUUGGCUGGUGGGCUGCUUAACCAGAUGCCGUGGUUACGGUAUUUGGCACCUACCAGGACGGGUUACUCACUUAUAACUGAAAUCAAUCAGCAACUUUAUUCUUUGAUAUCUAAUAAUAUUGCGGAGCACAAGAGAACGAUAACUGACACUACCAGGGACUUUAUUGACGCAUAUUUACAUCAAAUGAAAAAAGAAGAUAUAGACAAUACAACGUUUACUGAAGAACAAUUGAUAGCUGUUUGUUUGGACUUAUUUAUUGCUGGAUCAUCAACAACUAGUGGUACAUUGGAUUUUGCUAUAUUGGCUAUGGCUCUGUGGCCAGAUGUCCAAACUAAAGUUCAGUCUCUUCUUGAUGAGAUUCAGCCUCCGGGAACGUAUAUUACAGCCGAACAAAUUCUUAAAAAUCGAUACGUGGAAGCGGUACUUUUAGAGACGAAGAGGCUGAAUCAUGUAGCACCAAUUAUGGGUCCUAGAAGUGUGUUAAGAAAUACAAAUCUUUGUGGAUAUAGUAUACCUAAGGAUACAACACUUUUGAUGAGUUUAUAUUCAGUACACCACAAUCCGUUGAAAUGGGAUGACCCUGAAGUUUUUCGCCCAGAGAGGUUUAUGGAUACAAAUGGAAAACUCAAUAAAAUUGAAGAAAUGUAUUUUUUUGGAUUUGGAAAAAGACGAUGUCCUGGUGAAGCGUUAGCACAGCGGUUUGUUAGCUUAGUAUUUGCCAAUUUAAUACAUGAUUUUAUAAUCGAAAUCGAUCAGUUACCCGAUGGAGUAAAUUGUGGUAUACUUAUGACACCAAAACCUUAUAAAAUCAAAAUUUCUAAAAGAAAAUGAACAUUUUAUAUAUUUAUUAAAGCGCUAAAGGUGCAAAAUUUCAUAUCAUUUGCGUCAAAAUGUGUAAGAUAUAAGCACCACCCAGUUUAAUAUUAUAUACCUGUUAUACCCAAUUGCCAAUACAUAAUAUGAGUAAUAUGAAAUUAGCGACAAAGAUAUAAAAAAAUUAAUGUUAUUUGCUGCAAUAU